AUGGAUCUGGAUCCCAAGAAGAGCAACCAGGAGACCUCGUCUUCUCCCAGCCCUGUGCGACUCUGCCCGCUCUCCUUUGGCGAAGGGGUGGCAUUUGAUCCGUUGCCACCCAAGGAUGUAAGGUACACCUCUUCAGUUAAGUAUGACUCCGAAAAACACUUCAUCAAUGAUAUUUACAUGCCGGUCCGGCUAGGCGUGUCGUCUUGCAGCCAAACCAUCAUUUGUGUUCCCGACAGCACGUGGCGCAGUUACAAAGCCGAGGUGCAAUUCCACCUUUGCAACCGGCCCGGGAAUUUCAGAAGCACCACCAUUGUGUACCCCAAGCACACCAAGACUGUGUACACCACCACCCUGGAUUACAACUGCAAAAAAUUCAACCGGAAAUUCUUGUCUAGCGUCGAGUUGGAAUCGUCUGGAAAUGAGAACCUCCCAGAAAGCUGUUGA